AUGCGCAUAACUUCACUAUUGCGGCCGGCGUCUCGUUACACGUUGCGUGCGACAUCGCAGAUCAUCAUCCCACGACAGCCGUGGCACCGAUGCCUCGCCACUGAGACGCCCACUGGCGCUUUUAUCGAGGCCGCCGCCGAAGCUGGAAAGACUGCCAACGAAGUUUCACGACCGACGCCGUUCGGGAAGAUAUCCGCGACAGCAGACACAUCGAAGACUGAGCAUAGCAAGAAUGAAGGACAGGGUCGAGACGAGAAGGAUGCCAAGAGCAAGAAUGAACUGCGCUUUCCGCGAAGCGUUCAAGCUCUCUACCUUCAACCGUUGCGAUGCGAGGCCGAGUAUGGGAUCCCCUCCUGUGAUCUUCAACUUCGUUCCUACAGCAUAAGGAAUCUCGAGUUCUUUUCCGACUUUGCUUUGCGUGCAGCAUACUAUCUCAAGCUACCGGCCUUUGGCCCAGUGCCGCUUCCCCGAAUCACCGAGCGUUGGACGGUCCCUCGUAGUAGUUUCAUCUUCAAGAAGUCACAAGAGAACUUUGAGCGUAUCACGCUACGCCGCCUCAUUCAGAUCCGAGAUGGUAACCCAGAGACGGUGCAACUAUGGCUGGCCUUCCUCCAAAAGCACGCGUAUUACGGCAUCGGUAUGAAGGCUAAUGUCUGGGACUUUGCUAAGCUGGGUGUUGGCAAGUCCAUGGAUACGGUUGCCGACGAUGCGUCCAAGGCUCUCGAGUCCAAGUUCGAACACCUCAGCCAGCACAAGAAUCUCGACACGGUGGAAAAGGUGGAGGAAUUUUUAGCAAGAUCGAGGUUCAAUACCGACAGUGGAAAGCGGGCUGAGGGGGCGCGCCGCUUCGUAGAAGCCCAGUACAAGCAGGAGAAGUCCCUGACAAGAAAGGCGGCGGCGAAGGCGGAUUCCUGA